AACAGCCAGCAAGGAGAGAGGUGAAGAAAGAAACGAAGUCUAGUUGUCCUCAGUGCAGAAGAUUAACUACAGACCAAAACAGGGCACGCUGGGCAGGUGCUCACUGUCAGUUUCUGAAGAGCCAAUUUAGUCAAAGGCUAAAUUGAGUACCAGGACUGCUGUGGAAUGAAAUAAGAAGAAAGGAGUAGUUUUAUGGCUCAAUUAUAGAACUAGAAAGUUUAGGCAUCGACUUAGAUAAUCUCAGGGAUCCAGGAAUAAUGAAGUUGGAGGAAAAGCUUGAGCACAAUGAGAGCCUUGUUGGAAAAAGUCGACCGUGUCUCCAUGACACACAUCAGGCAAACGGGAAACCGAUAGCUAAUGGGAAUCCGACAGCAAAUGGGAAAGUGGAGGUCUAUGAAAAGCAGGAGGCAAAUCGCAAGGGCUACAGGCUCGGGAAAUCUCUCAAUCUGUACACCUGGCAGGAGAUCCAGAGACACAGUCAGGAAGCAGACCAGUGGCUGGUGAUUGAUCGCAAGGUUUACAAUGUGACUGACUGGGCUGGCAAGCAUCCAGGUGGACGUCGGGUUCUCAACCACUAUGCUGGGGAAGAUGCAACGGAUGCUGUCAGGGCCAUGCACCUGGAUCUGAGCAUUGUGAAGCUGUAUCUUAAGCCACUACUCAUUGGAGAACUUUCUCCAGAAGAACCAAGCCAGGAGAAAAACAAAAAUCCACAGUUGGUGGAAGAUUUCCGUGAAUUGCGCAAGACGUUAGAGGCCAUGAACAUGUUCAGUGCCAAUCUGUGGUUCUUCUUUCUCCACCUUGCCCAGAUCUUGAUCUUGGAAGUCUCAGCAUGGCUAAUACUACGUCAUUUUGGCAGCGGCUGGAUUGUUACAAUACUUAUUUCCUUUCUUCUUACAGUGUCUCAGGCUCAAAGUUCAUUUUUACAACAUGACAUAGGACACCUUUCCAUGUUUAAGAAGUCCAAGUGGAACCAUCUAAUGCACAAAUUUGUAAUGUGUCAUCUCAAGGGCCUGUCAGCUGAUUGGUGGAAUUAUCGACACUUCCAACAUCAUGUUAAACCAAAUAUCUACCCCAAGGAUCCAGACAUUGAUGUGGGCCCACUUUUUCUGCUUGGAGAUACUCAGCCUAUAAAGUAUGGCAAGAAGAAAAUAAAAUACAUUGACUAUGAGAAGCAGCACCUGUACUUCUAUAUGGUUGCACUCCCCCUCCUCAUGCCUGUCUACUUUAAUUUGCAAUCCAUGCAAGUGAUGUACCUGCGAAAAUACUGGACGGACAUUGCAUGGGUCAGCAGCUUUUACAUUCGUUAUUUCAUCACAUUUGGCCCUUUCUAUGGAAUUUUCGGAACAGUGUUGCUCAUAUAUUUGGUCAAGUUUAUUGAGAGCCCCUGGAUUGCUUAUGUUACCCAGAUGAGUCACGUACCAAUGAAAAUGAGCAGGGAAGAGAACCACGACUGGCUCAGCACUCAGAUUGUGGCCACCUGUAAUAUUGAACAGUCCUUUUUCAAUGACUGGUUCACUGGACAUUUGAACUUCCAAAUUGAACACCACCUCUUUCCCACAAUGCCACGCCAUAAUUACCACAAAGUGGCACCUCUGGUGAAGUCACUGUGUGCCAAGCAUGGAUUGCAGUAUAUAAAUAAGCCCAUAUUGAAGGCCUUUGGAGAUAUUGUCAGGUCCUUGAAGAAGUCUGCUUCCCUCUGGAUGGAUGCUUACUAUGAAUGAUGCAGAGCCUUGCAUUUAUUGGUGUCUCUGAAGAGGGUGAUGUCUGUGCAUGUGCUUUUCUCUGAUUAACUGAGAAUUAACUGGCAAAAGCAGCAUACAUGAGUGUCCCAGGAAUGUGAAUCCCAAGAAUAUAUAUUAACCUCUCCCUGAAGGUCUUCUCUGUAACUGAGAGAAAGAAGAAACAGAAAGAUGACUUCUCUCAGAAUCACAAAGGGAAGACACUCUACUUUUUCAUUAGGGUCCUGGACUUAGUUCCAAUAGACCUCAGUGAAAUUGUUUCUUGAGGGGUAUAAUAUGAUGUAGACAGAAGUGAAAGUGAAAAAAGUAAAGAUCUCUGACAGAGCCCAUUGAAAGUCAGUGUAGUUGUUCUUAGAAGAGAAUUGUUUAUUUAAGACAUUCCUGCUGAAUAAAUUUUUGCUUAAUCUCCUUUAAAAUAGGUGAACUUCAAAUUGUGAUUUUAAUUAACAUUAAAAUACCUUCAAAUGCUUGUCUUCACUUUGCACUUGCAGUAUUGUAAAUAAAACAUGUGUGUUAUUAGUGU